AUGGUAACCGUGGGACGUCUAGGCGGUUUAUCGUUGCAAGAAAUGCUUGAUUUCAUUCAAGAACUCGAUGAAGCAGAAGAUCAAAAUCAACUGUGUGAUAUUCCAACCACUCUUUAUAUCGAGCCUCCUGUGGAUGGCAACGAAUCUGGCGAAGAUGACGCUGAAAAUGAUUGUGCGGGCAUUCCAGAUAAUGUUUGCCCGGCUCAGCUAAGAGGUGGCUGCGAAGUUGUUAUGGCUAGUGGGCGACGUAUGCAAGGUUUCCAUGAAGAGGAGGAUAUGGGAGGCAUGUUUAGAGACGCACCAAAUCCAGGAGAUUUGCCUGUUAUUGAGGUUGAAGACACUUAUAAUGAGAUGGAGGAUGAAGAAACAAUGGCUAAUCGUUCAGAAUCUCCAAUGAGGAAGCGCUUACGUACAAUUGAACCGAAACCUUCAAACGUUGCAUUGCCAUCAGGAAACAAGGAAACUGUAUUUGAAUGGGUCAAGAAGAAAUCGUCAUCUCUAAUUCCAAUUUUUCCAAGCGCAAAUUACGAAGAUUGUCGCCAUUCACUGCCACACGAACAGUUUGAAAAAUGUUUUGAUGACACAUUAUUGGAACAUAUUUGCGAACAAAGUGCGUUAUAUUCGGUGGAACAGAAUAGACUGAACCCAAAUAUAAUAGUCAGCGAACUUAGAGCAUUCAUAGGCAUAUUGAUCGUCACUGGCUACAAUUAUCACUCCAAUUACAAACUUUUGUGGAGUCAGGAUGAAGACAUUCGGAACAAUCUUGUCAGUAACACCAUGCGUCGGAAUCGUUUUCAAGAGAUUUAG